AUGGCACCAGACCUCAACGGUAUUUCUCGAAACUUCAUCAAGAAUGGACGAUGGGACUACUCGACGCCUGGGUCGGCAGGCUACCACAUCCCAGACAUGCUCCUGGACGACCCGGCAACACGCAAGGUGAAGGUUCUCACCAUCGGCGCGGGGUUUUCGGGGAUCAUGCUGGCGUACCAGAUUCAAAAGAGCUGCGAGAACGUGGAAUUCAAGAUCUACGAGAAGAACGAGGACAUGGGCGGCACCUGGUUGGAGAACAGAUAUCCCGGAUGUGCCUGUGAUAUCCCGAGCCACGCCUACACUUACAACUUCGCGCUUAACCCGGACUGGCCGCGGUACCACUCGUACGCGCCGGACAUCUGGAAGUACCUGGACAAGGUGUGUGAGGUGUUCGACCUGCGCAAGUACAUGACGUUCAACACCGAGGUCAUCGAGGCGCGGUGGAACGACGACGCAGGGAAAUGGCACGUACGGCUCCGACAGACGGACGGUGCGGGAAAUGCGCGCGAGUUCGAGGAGGAGUGCGACGUGCUGCUGUACGCGACGGGCAUCCUGAACAACUUCAAGUGGCCGGACCUGCCGGGGCUGAAGGACCGGUUCAAGGGGCGGGUGGUGCACACGGCGCGGUGGCCGAAAGACUACCAGCAGCGGCAGUGGGCGGGCGAGAGGGUGGCCGUCAUCGGGUCGGGCGCCAGCUCGAUCCAGACGGUGCCGCACAUGCAGCCGCACGUCCAACACCUCGACGUCUUCGUGCGCACCGGCGUCUGGUUCGUGCAGAUGACCGAGAACGCCGAGCAGAUCGUCGAGUACCCCGACGAGAUGAAGGACGCGUUCCGGCGCGACCCGCGGAAGAUGGUGGCCCACGCGAAGAGCAUCGAGGAUCAGGUGAACGACAUCUUCGAGGUCAUGUACGCCGGCAGCGCCAAGCAGAAGGAGGCCCAGGACACGAUGCGCGCCCGCAUGCAGAAGUGGAUCAGGGACCCGCGCCUCGUCGAGGGCUUCACGCCUCGCUUCGAGAUUGGCUGCAGGCGCGUCACUCCCGGCGACCCGUACAUGGAGGCCGUCACCAAGGACAACGUCGACGUCCACUUCACCGCCGUCGAGCGCUUGACUGAGGACGGCGUCGUCGGCGCUGAUGGCGUCGAGCGCAAGUGCGACACCGUCAUCUGCGCCACCGGCUUCGACGUCACCUACCGCCCGCGCUUCCCGGUCGUCGGCAAGAACGGCGUCAACCUGGCCGAGAAGUGGAAGGAUGCGCCCGAGAGCUACCUUGGCAUCACGGUGCCCGACAUGCCCAACUUCUUCAUGUACAUCGGUCCGACGUGGCCGGUCGAGAAUGGAAGCGUUGCCGGUCCGUUGGGAGAAGUCGUCAAGUACACUAUAAAGUGCAUCAAGAAGAUGCAGAAGGAGCACAUCAAGAGCUUCGUGCCGAAGCAGGACGUCACCGACCUCUUCAAUGAGCACACUCAAGAGUGGUACAAGCACACCGUGUGGAAGGACAGCUGCCGCUCUUGGUACAAGAACAAUGAUACUGGCCGCAUCAACGCUGUGUGGCCUGGUUCUUCGCUGCAUUACAUGCAAACGAUACGGGAGCCUCGUUACGAAGACUACGAGAUACAGUACCAAAAUGGCCGCAACAUGUGGGCAUUCCUGGGCAUGGGCCUCACCCGUGAGAGCAAGACGCCCGGCGCCGAUCUGUCGCCUUAUCUGAACGUAAAAGAGAUCGACCCGAAGUGGCUCGAGGCAGUCGGUGCCGACUCUGAUGCCCCAAGAAAAGCCAGCAUUGAGGAAUUGAGCAAUCGUAAGUCAAAGGCGUUUGAUAAUGGCCACUUGAGACUGCAAACGAGCAACUUAUUCCAAUCAAGAGAGGGUGAUGACUUGUCGACUUCGUAUCCAUGGCGCUUCGGCCGAAAAUGGCAGCAGUACAACCUCCUAAUGCCUGAAAAAGUUCCAAUGGCGACUGGCCAUGAGCCAGUCGGUGGGUCGGUCUACAGCAGCGAUGCAGAGGACAUGGCACAUUUCGGAAAAAGAGCCCAGCUGAAGCGAAUUUUCGGCCUCGUGCACGUUGUCGGUUUCACAUGCUGUCUCGUCAUUACGUGGGAGGCGAUGCUGGUUCUUUUUGGAGGAGGCCUUCAGAACGGAGGAAAUGCGGGCCUCAUCUAUGGGAUUCCGCUCGCUGGGGGUCAAUACAACUGGGUCGCGAUUCUGUCACCUCGUUCGUGCUCCAAAUUUCUCAGCUACAUCACCGGCUGGACGUGCGUCAUCGCUUGGCAAUGUACAACAGCAUCCUCGAGCUAUCUGGCAGGUACGCUGAUCCAAGGGCUGCUGGUGCUCAACUACCCAGACUACGAGUUCCAGCGCUGGCAUGGCACGCUCCUGCACAUUGCCAUCGUCGUCGUGUCAUUCUUGGUCAACACCGUCACCAAACCUUUGCUGCCAGCAAUAGAGCUCUUCUUUUUCGGCCUCCACGUCACGGGCUUCUUGGCCCUUAUGGUUCCACUGGUAGUCAUGGCUCCGAAAGCGAGCGCGGAUGAAGUGUUUGCAACCUUCUACAAUGGCGGAGGUUGGUCAACAGACGGGUUGUCCUUCUUCAUCGGCUUGUCAGCCACCAUGUUCGCAUUCAUUGGCUGCGAUGCCGCCUCACAUCUGGCUGAGGAGAUUCAGCACGCGUCAACGACGAUCCCACGCAGCAUGUUCGCCUCCAUCACUCUCAACGGCAUCCUCGGCUUGUGCACCGUAAUCGCCAUCGCCUUCUGCCUGGGUAGUGAUCCUUCGUCCAUCCUCUCGACGCCGACGGGCUAUCCGCUAAUCCAGAUGUUCGCCAACGCGACAUCUCCCGACAACGAAAACUUCCGCGCCGCCACGGCCAUGUGCUCCAUCAUCAUCCUCGCAUGCAUCGCCGCUACCAUCAACGUCCUCACCUCCGCCAGCCGCAUGCUCUGGGCCUUUGCGCGCGAGCGAGGGCUGCCCUUCUCGUCGUGGCUGUCGCGCGUGCACAACGGCCCUUGGGCAACAACAACCAAUGAAAACAGCAGCAGCAGCACCAACAAGCACAGCAACACGGUCCCCUUCAAUGCCGUCCUGACCAGCUCCAUCAUCGCCAGUCUCCUGUCUCUCAUCAACAUCGGCUCCGCCGUGGCCUUCAACGCCUUCACCUCGCUCGUCGUCGUCGCCAGUUUCGCCACCUUUAUCCUAUCCGCCAGCACGCUGCUGCUAAAACGCAUACGCCACCGCCGCCGCCACUCCACUGAGAAUGAUGACAGCAAUGACAUCCCCUUAGGCGCCUUCAACCUCGGCUCCAACGCGACCGGCAUUCCCAUCAUCGUCGCCAGCAUCGCUUACAGCUUGCUCGGUGCUUUCUUCUCACUCUGGCCGCCUGCGCCAGAUCCGAAGCCCGAGGAGCUGAACUGGAGCGGCGUCGUGUUUGGCGGCGGCGUGGUGUGGAGUCUGCUGUACUGGGCCGUGUGGGGAAGGAAGGUGUACACAGGGCCAGUGUUAGAGAUCAACCCCCAACGUUAG